CGCCGCCGUUCGUGUCACUGUGUGAUCGUCGCGUGUCGAGGACGCGCGCCUGUUUACUUUACCUUCGGCGUGUGAAGCGCAUCCCGUCGCCCCGCGCGCGCGUCGAGUCGAACUGCAGCGGCGGGUGGUCUGGAGGGAGGAAGGGGAUGGGAGGGCUCCGCUGGAGAACGUGAAGUGACAAUUGUGAAAACUGGAAGAAAAGAAGUGAAAAGUGACGGACUGGACAGUGAUUUAAUUCACUGGAUGAAAGUGUGUGUGUGGUGACUUUUUUCGGCGAUACUGCUGGAGCAGAAAGAAGAAUCGUCGUGAAGCUGCAAAAGUGACUGGAGCGCUGGAGAAAUAUGGCGAUGAAUAGAAACUCUCGCGAACAGUGACUGAAAUACGCUAAUUUUGAGCAGUGCCGCUGGAGAGCUCGGCGCAGUGUGCGUGCUGGAGUAGGCGCUCCAGGACCGACUCCGGCGGCUGCAGCGCGGCUCCAGCCAACGCGUGGGCCGGCCUAUAUGGCCGCUUUGGCGCCGCGAGCCGCGCGAAAGGAUUUUAAAUAUUCCCGCCACGAUCGUAAUUCGCGCCACCCGUUUAUCCGGAUGAGCGGCGCCAGCGUCGGCGUCAUGGAAGAGGACAAGCCGCAGCUGUCCCGGCCCGCCCCUCCGCGAUGGGGCCCCACGCCCCUGUGAGGUGGCCGCGCGCCCCGCUCGGCCCGGUGACCCCCCUGGGGGCCGCCGACGACGAUUGACGGGAUGCUCGCCGCGCUCUGCGUCGUCAUGAAGAUCGUCGAGAUGACCACCGGGGCCGGCGCGGGGAAGGGGGCCGCCGACGGCCCCCAGGACACUGUGCGCUGCCCCCCGCAGCCGGCGGCCCCGCCGCGCAGCCUCACCAACAACCUCAACAAGAACAACAACAACAGCAGCAAGAACGUCGUCAACGACAAGCUGCUCUUCCGCAACAUGAGCAAGAACAACAACAAGAACAACGAGUGGGGCGAGUGCCGGCGCAACAACCUCAACAAGCGCGUCAACAACGUGAACAACGUGUGGCGGACGCAGCACCGCAUGCUGGAGUGGCACCGGCGCAAGCGCCACAAGCAGGAGGACAAGAAGCGCAAAGGUAACUUAACACGACUCAGCACAGCACAACUAACGAGUGAUUUUAAAAUCCGAAUUUUUUUCGGAAAAAAAUAACUUUUCCAGAAAAAUUUCAAAAAAAGAAAUUUUUCCAGAAAUGUUCGUAAAAAGUGAGCAGGGAUUUAAUUUUCUAAAAGUGCUCGUCCGGAAAAUUUAAAUCCAUGCAACUAACACAAUACUCAUGCUUUUAAUUAUAUUACUUCCUCAACUGAAAAGUUGUCAAAGAACAUGCGCUCGGUGUACUGACAACAACUUGACUUUAAUCUGAACAAACAAUUAGCCAUUGAUUGUUCCGUGUCUGGCGGACAAAACGGUAAGCCGAGGGCGUUUAAUGUGUGUGUGUGUGUGUGUGUGCGUUGUUUUGUGUGUGUGUUUGAGAUUACGUUUACAGCUGGCAUUGCCACCUGCGGUCGGGGGGAGCAGAGAGGGGGAGGGCCGGCGUGUGAUAAAAAUAAAAGCGAACCCUGGUCUCUAUGCCGCGGACGGGAGAAAACUGCUCGCCGCCGGCAGCUCGAAAAAGCACGAUAACGCGCCUCCAGUGGCAGAGUGACAGCUCCUUACUUAGACGUAAAAUCUAUUUAAAAAUAAAUAAAUAUAGAACAUAAUAAUUAUAGCUACCUGA